AUGCUGAUCAUUUUAAGAAUAGCGCUCGUGGGAUUUGUCUGCCUGUUCCUAGCAUCCGCUGGGUCUGCCUGCGGUCCUGGCAGGGGGUAUGGGAAAAGGAGACAUCCGAAGAAGCUGAAGCCUCUGACAUACAAGCAGUUUAUUCCCAACGUGGCAGAGAAGACAUUAGGGGCAAGUGGCAAAUACGAAGGAAAGAUAACUAGGAACUCCGAGAGAUUUAAGGACUUGACUCCAAACUAUAACCCUGACAUUAUUUUCAAAGAUGAGGAAAACACUAACGCUGACAGACUUAUGACACAGAGAUGCAAGGACAAACUGAACUCUUUGGCUAUUUCAGUCAUGAAUCAGUGGCCAGGAGUACAGCUCCGCGUGACAGAAGCUUGGGAUGAGGAUGGACACCAUUCUGAAGAGUCCUUACAUUAUGAAGGGCGCGCGGUGGACAUCACCACGUCUGACCGGGACAGGAGCAAGUACGGGAUGUUGUGUCGGCUUGCAGUAGAGGCAGGGUUCGACUGGGUAUAUUAUGAGUCCAAAGCCCAUAUUCACUGUUCUGUGAAAGCAGAAAAUUCCGUGGCUGCCAAAUCAGGGGGCUGCUUCCCAGGAUUUGCUUCCGUUAUCCUCGAGGAUGGUCAGAGAAAGAUGGUGAAAGACUUGAAAGUUGGCAACAGAGUGUUGACAGCGGACGAUGAGGGAAAUAUUGUUUCCAGUGAAUUUCUCAUGUUUAUCGACCGGGAUCCAAAGACAAUAAGAGAAUUCUAUGUUUUCGAGACAGAGGAGCCGCGUAGUACACUAAGAUUAACUCCUGCACACCUUGUUUUCGUCACCAACAACGGCACAGGCAGCGACACAACAGCUGUGUUUGCCAGUAACGUAACACCUGGGCAAAAGGUGCUUGUGGUGGACGACGCUCUCGAACACCUGAAGGCAGUAACCGUGCAACGGAUUUUCGUAGAGGAAUAUGAGGGGUCUUAUGCCCCAGUAACCUCGCAUGGAACCAUCAUAAUAGACCAAGUUUUGGUUUCAUGUUACGCGGUGAUAGAGGACCACAAAUGGGCGCACUGGGCCUUUGCACCGGUCCGGGUUGUUCACGCGUUCAUGUUCUUAACUGGCCUAUUGAAGGAGCGCGAGUACCCUCCUACCAGAGAUGGAAUACACUGGUACUCGGACAUUCUAUACCACAUGGGAACAUGGCUGCUGGACAGCAACACUUUCCACCCUCUUGGAAUGUCGAAAAGUUGA